GAGUUUCCAGUCAUUAUGAUGCUCAAAGAGGUGAGGACUAAUGCAGGACAAAAAAUUGGUACCCUAAUUGAUCUCGCAUCUGAUACAAAUUAUAUAACUCAUGAAGCUGCCGAUAGGCUUAGAUUAAGAGGUGAAGAAAUUAAUCUUGUUGUUCAUGGAGUGGGGAAGAUGGCUAUUCAUGUUAAAACCAAAAGGUAUCUUCUUAGAAUUAGGGUAAAAACAUCAACAGGAAUGGAGAAGGCUCACCAACUAGUCUGUUAUGGUCUAGAAGAGAUUGCAAGGGUGCAUCAAAGUGUGAGUCCUGAGCAGUUGAGAAAGUUUUUUCCAGAAGUGGAUUUGGUGGAGCUAAAGAGGCCUGAAAAAAUAGAACUUCUCCUCAGCCAUCGAGAGGGACAACUUGCACCUCAGCGAGUAAAAGUUGUAGGUGACCUUGUUCUUUGGGAAGGGCCACUUGGAAAGAUGGUGGGUGGAUCACACCCAGACUUGUUCGAAGCAGUAAGCAUGACAGCAUAUGAGUCGAAGACACACUUUGCACGAUCGAUGAGGACUGCUGCGGUUAGAUACGAGGAAGCCAUUGGGAAAAGUAAACCACUUGGAAUCAAAGCUGUUGAAGAAGAAAGGAAAACCAUGGGUUUUAAUGCCAAAAAUACACUCGUAAGUGGCAAAGAGUUUCUUCAAUGGUGGAGUUGGGAUAGCAUCGGAGCUGCAUGUGAGCCAAAAUGCGGCGGCUGCCGAUGUGGAAACUGCCAGCCAGGAGGGAAAGAGAUGACUUUGGUGGAAGAGAAAGAGCUAGAGAUUAUACGAGGUGGUCUUACAUAUGUGAAAGCAGAUCAUCAUAGUGAUCGACCUCAUUGGGAUGCAAGGUACCCAUGGAUCCAAGAUCCUGCUGUCCUCCCAUAUAAUCGGAGCGGGGUGGAAUCGACUUUCCUAAGAACAGAAAAGCAGCUUGGAAAAGUGCCUGAGUGGAAAGAAGUUUACGCUAUGCAAGUUCAUGAAAUGGUUAAGAGAGGUGCUGCAGUGAAACUUACAAAGGAAGUACUUGGAAAAUGGACAGGUCCAGUCUGGUAUGUAAGUCAUCUAGUUGCGCCCAACCCGCAUUCAGUUACUACGCCUGUACGUCUUGUGUGGAAUAGCAGCCAGAGGUUCAAGGGGAUGAGUAUGAACGAUCUCCUGUUGAAAGGACCUGAUGUACUGAACCCCAUUAGAGCUGUUUUACUCAGAUUUAGGAAAGGAGUGUUUGGAGUAUUAGGUGACAUCAGAAAGAUGUAUAACUCGGUGUGGUUAGAAGAGCGAGAAAUGCAUCUCCAUAGGUUUCUCUGGAGGGACACACCAGAAGAACAAAUCGAGGAGUAUGCUAUAACUAGAGUCAACAUUGGAGAUCGUCCGGCUGGGUGUAUCGCACAGUUGGCAAUGCGAGAGACAGCUGGGCUGGAAGCCUUUGCUCAUCUCAACGAGGAGCGAAGAGUUUUAGAAGAAGACACCUACGUUGAUGACAUUCUGACAUCUCAUGAUGAUUUGAAGAGUUUAGUCAAGAUAGUGAAAGGCCUCGAAGAGAUCUUGGAAGCUGGUGGAUUCUCCCUGAAAGCAUGGGUUUGGUCGGGUCAAAGUGGGAGGUCUGGAUCAAGAAGCAAAGAACCCUCAAAUCUACUUCCUGAAGGAAUUGUACUUCCUAACCAGUGGAGUGAAGAGGAUAAUAAAGCUUUAGGAGUUGGGUACCUAGCGGAAGAGGAUAGGUUAUACAUUGUGACCUCUGUAAAUUUUUCAAAAAGGAAAAGGAAGGUGAGAUCUGAGCAAGACCUCGUUGAGGAAGAGGUAAAGUUGAAAACACCCAAUCCAUUGACCAGAAGACAUCUUUUGAGUCAAGUGGCAGGACUCUAUGACCCACUUGGUCUUGUUACACCAGCUAAGCAGAGGGGUGCGAUCCUUGUUAGAAAAGCGUUCCAGGAAGCUGGGAAUGUAAGUUCAACCAAAGAUACAUGGGACCUAGCACUCUCUGAAAGUAUACGAGGAGAAGCUAUUGUUUUGUUUGAAGAAUAUGUGCGACUCCAGAAAGUUAAGUUCCACAGAAGUUUUACGCCUUCCAAUUGGAGAGGAAAGCCAUGGGGCGUCACGUUCUCAGAUGGAAGUGACAAAACUUAUGGUGCAGUACUGUAUCUGAGGUGGGAAACAAGUCAAGGAGUGGAUGUUCGGUUAGUUGAAUCUAAAGCCAAACUAACACCGCUAGAACUGAAAGGGGAUUCUGUAAAGGCUGAAGUCUGCGGUGCAGUCUUUGCAAUACGUCUCAGGAAAUACUUUGAAAAGCAUGGGCGGACUGAAGUAGAGAAAUGGUUCCAUCUAGUGGAUAGUCAGACCGUCUUAGGAGCCAUCCAACGCGAGAGUUACGGAUACCAAACUUUCUUCGCAAACAGGAUUGGAGAAAUUCAGAAAACAGGAGUAAUCAGUGACUGGUGGUGGAUUCCCGGAAGUCAGAACAUUGCUGAUGUUAUUACACGAGGGGCAAGCACUAAGGAUCUUGACGAAAACUCUGUGUGGCAAAAUGGCCCAGAAUUUCUCAAAUGGUCUGUGGAGGAAUGGCCCAAGAAAUCUGCAACUGAAAUUGCUGGUGACGCUAGAGAAAGAGUCAACAAACUCCAGAGGAAAGUAUUCUCGGCUGUAAUGACUAGAGCUCAAGUGAAGGCAAGUACAGAAGAAAAGAAAGUAUCUGAGGAUUCGGUCCAUAUGGAAAAACUGAGCAGACUUGUCACUGAAGGAUUAGUAGAUAUUGAGAAAUUCAGCAGUUUAUCCAAACUUGUAAGAGUUGUCGGCUGGAUAUGGCGCAGCGUGAAGAAAUGGCUUGAGUUGAGAAGUGGACGUUUAACAUCUGGAAGGAAAGAUCUUGAACUUAAUGUAAGUGUGCUAACAGUAAAGGAAAGAGAGGAUGCCCUGAAAGCGCUCUUUUUUGCAGCACAAAGAGAUACAAUGUUUCCCGAGACCACUCUUUGCAGGCUUGUCGUGGUUAAGGACGACAAUGGGAUUCUUGUGUGCAGCGGAAGAUAUGGAAAAGAGAGAUCGGCUGUUCCACUAUUACCCAUGGAAGCACAAGUAUCCUUACUGCUGGCUCAUGAAGCACAUAGUGCAAAUCAUGAAGAGAUUGCUGGGACUCUCCUGAGGAUGAGAAAAGUAGCGUGGGUAGUAAAAGGUCGGAGGCUGGCCAAAAGAGUUGUAGAAGGUUGCGUCAUCUGCAGAAAGGCAAGAGCUAAAAAGUGCAAACAGAUUAUGGGUGACCUACCACCUGAAAGGAUUGGGCCAGCUGCACCCUUUGAAUUUGUGACUGUGGAUCUGUUCGGUCCUUAUGAAGUGAAGGACGAAGUGAAGAAAAGGGUGCGACUGAAAGUCUGGGGGAUUGUGUACUGUUGUAUGGCUUCAAGGGCUAUUCAUGCAGAUGUCGUUAGCGACCAGUCCACUGAAGGUUUUUUAUUAUCUUACAAGAGGUUCACCGCGUUAAGAGGGCACCCGAAGAAAGUGUGGUCAGAUCCAGGCCUAAACUUUGUCGGAGCACAGUCAGCUCUGAAAGAUCUCUAUAGAUUUUUGGAGAAAGUAGAGAAGUCGGAACUUGAAGAAACAGCUGGGAGACAUGGAACCGAUUGGGUUUGGAAGUUUCAUCCAGCAAACUCACCCCAUAGGAAUGGUGCAGCUGAAGCUGCUGUUCGUAUCUUGAAAAGAGCUCUUAUUAAUUUAGGAGGCCAAGGACUUUUUACAUGGGGAGAGUUCCAGACUUUUCUGUACAUGGCAGCAAAUUUGGCAAAUGAAAGGCCUGUAGACGCACGAACACAAAGCCGUGAGUAUUGUCUGGAGUACAUCACACCAAACUCACUUCUAUUGGGUAGAGCAAGUUCACAGGGAGAUCCAGGAGAUUUUAAUUUUGUAGGAUACCCUUACAAGAGACUGAGAGUUAUCCAAGAGGAGAUCAGUAAAUUCUGGAAGAGGUGGAGCCAACUAGCAGGGCCAAACCUGUUUAUAAGGAACAAGUGGCACACGAAAGAAAGAAAUGUUGCUGCAGGAGAUAUUGUUUGGGUUGCCGACCAAAAUGCUCUGAGAGGUCAACAUAGGUUGGGAAAAGUCAUUAGGAUCAAUACUGAUCCUAAAGGUAUUGUGAGGGAUGUUGAUGUCAGAGUUUUUUCAAGUCAUCCAGUCUUUUGCUCUGGCAUUAAGAAAAAUGAUACAAGAAAGGACAUUAGGAGUCAAAGUGAAAAGAUACCAUCAGCCAUUCUCCACAGAGACGUCCGUCGAUUAGUCGUGUUAAUCCCAGUGGAGGAGCAGUCUAGAAGUAAAGGAUUGUGAGUGACAUCUUGGAUUCAAGAAUCAAGAAUGUCAAGUGGGAGGUGUGAAGACAGAUAACAUCUAACAGUGGGCGUUCCUCUAUUGAUUACGUCGAUUACGACCUUUCACGGAAGGGUACGAAAGCAGCGGAAACAUCCGAUGAAACACGGAAGCAAUUCAUGUGCAGCGUGCGGUAAACGCCGAACGCAAACCGAAAGCACUUACUUAAAAAGUAAAAGAACAGCGAAUGUCCGAUUAUCAAACGUGUUCUUUAAAGAAAGGAAUGCGUGACUGAGAAGUGUUAUGGGCGAAUGAAGACGCCAAAACGCUGAUACGAUGUACAUGGAGGAUUAAGUCAAUCUGAGACGCUGAUGGUUAUCAACCUAAACCAAACCAAAUUAAGAGCCACACCAUUGUUUAUCGAACUGAAUCUACUAACUGGGCUCUAAAUGGGACUAAAUGAACUCUCUUUUCUAUGGACAUUGAGUGAUUGUAAUAUGUGAAAUCAUCUAAUCAUGUUGGGAACUGAAUCUACUAACUGGGCUCUAAAUGGGACUAAAUGAACUCUCUUUUCUAUGGACAUUGAGUGAUUGUAAUAUGUGAAAUCAUCUAAUCAUGUUGGGAACUGAAUCUACUAACUGGGCUCAAAUGAACUCUCUUUUCUAUGGACAUUGAGUGAUUGUAAUAUGUGAAAUCAUCUGAUCAUGUUGGAAUCUCUAAUCAUGUUGGAGUUAUCUAAUUAUGCUGGAAUGGUCUAAACAUGUUAAACCGCACUCUAAUCAUGUGUCUAUAAGUGGAUGUGAAAUCAAACAACAAUCAAGAUUGUAAUAAGUUUAUUGAGGGUUGAAGAGAAGUAAAGUGUUUUGAGUUGAUCCUGUGUCUAUGAUUGACUAAGCUCUAUGUCAAGUUUG